AUGACCCAGAGCGCGCAUCCUGCUUCAGCCGAGCUGUCGCCCGAAUCCCCCCUCCGGAAAUCCCGAUGUGACCCUGGUAUCCCACGAUGCGCCCCUUGUGAACGAAGCAACGCCAAGUGUGUCUAUUACGACUCAACGAGAGACACGACUAUACCAAGAACCUAUAUCGUCUCGCUGAGAGAGAAAGCUCGAGCCCUCGAGAAGGAGCUUGCCCGGGCCGAGAAAGACAUCCAGCAUGCCGCCGACGCCGAGUUGAUGGUGCGGGGCGCUGGUCGCAUCCGUUUUAAAGACAAUGACGAGCCACGAUACUUGGGGGCCUCGAGCGGCAUCGCCAUCACUCGAUUGGUCAUGGAGAUGGCCAAGCAGAACACCGACUCGAAAAGCAUCAAAGACGUGGUGCCCGAAUUGACUGCUCACGAAAUCAAAGCGGCCUUCGCGCAGGAAGACUCGAAGCCGACAUCCAAAGUCUAUCCAAUGAUCAGCUCAAUACCCCAAGCCAAUCUGCCCCCACAAAACCUGACAUACAAAUUGAUCGAUCUCUUUGUGGCAAAAGCACAAGCACUUCUCCCGACUUUACACGAACCGAGCUUUCGGCAGGAGGUUGAAGAGGUCUUUAGUGGCUCGACGGACCCGUGUCAUAACUUUCAACUUCGAAUGGUCAUUGCGAUCAGCAUGCAAAAGCUUAGCCCCGACUAUGCUGGUCUGGCGGACAGCUACUACCUGGCAGCUCUUCCGUAUCUGGAGCCCACUCUCAAGCAAAUGGAUUUGAGAGCCCUACAAUGUUUAGUGCUAAUUGCUCAAUACUCCAUGCUGACCCCAACGCGCACAGCUGCAUACUGGGUUGUCGGAACAGCCGUGAAACUAUGCCAAGAGUUAGGGUUGACGGAAGAAGCUACAAUUACCAAGUCCUCUUCUGGUCAAAGUUUCGAUCCUUUGGAGAUUGAUAUGCGGCGGAGAUUGUUCUGGAUCGUUACGUCCAUGGAAUUUGGGCUUUCUCAUAGUCUGGGCCGUUCCAGUUGCUAUAGCGUCACUCACGACAAUCUCGACGUAAAAUUCUUCGAACUGGUGGAUGAUCGAUAUAUUACGAGCGAAGGAAUCAUCCCGGGGGCAAAGCCAAUCAUCCCAAAAUGUCUUGCCGUUCAUUUCUUCAAAAUGCGAUUGCUUCAGCUGGAAGGACGACGAGAACUCUACCUCAACCGGCGAGACACCCCUGUCGAUGAUCAAGAUCCCUGGUUUGCCCAGAUGAAUACCAAGCUCGAUCACUGGAUGGCAACUUGUCCCAAACAUGACGAUGGCAGUGGCUUGAAUAUCAAAUGGUUUCAAGGGCGGCGGAACACAAUUGUCAUUCUCAUGUACAGACCAUCACCUCAAAUCCCAGAGCCUUCCGUGAAUGCAGCAAAGAUCUGCUACGAAGCUGCCACCUUCAAUAUCGCUAUGCACCGAGAGCAGAUGCUUACCGGCUCGGUUGAUCUUACUUGGAUAUUCACCCAAUCACUUUUUAUGGUCCUCAAUACCGUUCUCUGGGCACUUUCAUACCCUGAAAUUCGAAAGGAGCACCCCGAAGAUGAAGUACAAGGGUACCUGGAUAUGGCUCUGGAAGUCAUUGUCUUUGCUGCUGAACGGUGGCCAGGUGUUCAGUCCGCUUUACUCCUCUAUAAACGGCUUGUCGCCGCCUGCUUGAAAGCAUACAACACGGAGGAGUCGUUCGUCGUGCAUUCUCCUUCUAACCACCCAACUCCCACAUCUUCCCAAGGUGUCAUGACACCCCCAGCCAUGUCCAGCCCAUCCAGUACUACGACAGCAUCCUUUUACUCUCAUUCGACUUAUCAUCAUAACAACCCUUCUAUUGGCGACACUUCAUCAACCGGUACCUUGUCAAGAGGCCAUUCUGCCGAUCCUUCGAUACCAUUCCAACAGCCGACACCUCCAACUUUCACCACCGACCCAUUUAAGACUCCGCCGAUUCCUGCCAAUGCCUCGUCUUUUCGAAUGCAGUCAAUUUCUCAUGACCCAGGAGAGGCUGAACAGCUCACAACUCAAGCCUAUUGCGCACCAACGACUCACUAUCCAGAUGUGUCUAUCGAUCCCAACACCCCUUAUAACACGAUUCCUUCGGUGGUCCCUGGGCUACAAGGCUGGGAUCCUCACUUCUCCCUUGCCUCUACGACCGCUGGUCACCUAGCUUACGUGGAUGCCACUGUCGAUCCGAUGCAAUGGACAACCUCUAUUGGAGACCAGUAUUCUCAGUAUUUUAAUGAGCCCUUCCCAAUACCAGCAUGGCGGGAACGCACUUUAAGUCAACAGGAGCAGAUUGAAUUGAUGGCGUCAUUGGAGCACGACAUUCCAGACGUCUCUGCCCAGUUGGUUCGCGAGUCAAACGCAUUUUACCAGUCAUGA